AUUUUGAUUGACGUCGUGUCACUAACGUCACUACGCCGGAAGUGUUGGAAAGAUUAAAAAUCCUCUUGAGUGACAGCAGCGGUUUGGUACAUUGUAUUUUUUUUUGUCUUUCUGUAGGGAUGGAGGUGACACGAACAAAUUUCAAAGACAGUUUAAGCACUGUGUACAGCGCAAUAGAGGAAGCAGACUUUCUCGCAAUCGAUGGGGAAUUUUCAGGUAUUAGCGACGGGCCCAACGUCAGCGCACUGACUAACGGGUUGGACACGCCAGAGGAGCGCUACAUGAAGCUAAAAAAGCAUUCCAUGGACUUCUUGCUGUUUCAGUUUGGACUGUGUGCGUUCACAUAUGACCAGGCAGAGUCCAAGUACGUCAUCAAGACUUUUAAUUUUUAUAUAUUCCCAAAGCCGUUCAACAGAACCUCCCCAGACACCAAGUUCAUCUGCCAGAGUUCCAGCAUAGACUUCCUGGCCAGUCAGGGUUUUGACUUCAACAAAGUGUUCCGUAACGGGAUCCCGUACCUGAACCAGGAAGAGGAAGUGCAGCUGCGGGAGCAGUAUGAGGAGAGGCGGAGUCAGAGUAACGGAUCAGGAAACCCCUCCUACAUCUCCCCCAACCCAAACAAAGGCCCCGGCAGCGUCCCCGAGGAGCACAGGGAGUACAUCGGACGGGUGGUAGAGAAGGUGGAAUCUCUGUUCACUACCUCAGAGAAGACUGUGGACCUGGAGCCCUGCACUGGCUUUCAGAGGAAGCUGAUCUACCAGACUCUCAACUCCAAGUUCCCAAAGGGCCUUCAUGUGGAGACCUUGGAGACAGAGAAGGUCAGUCUGCCAGCUAGAUGAGGUUCUCAAACCUCUCCUCGGGGGGGAACCCCAGCCAGUCCAUGUAUUUGAUCUAUUCCAGAGCCCUACGGGUCUCCUGAUCACGGCCGGUUGUGAUACAGCCCGGGAUCGAACCAGGGUCUGUAGUGACACCUCUAGCACUUUCGAUGCAGUGCCUUAAACCGCUAGCACACCUGAUUCAGCUAAUCAUUAAGACCUUUAUACUAGGAAUAAGGCUCCUGAAUGGCGCAGCGAUUUAAAGCACUACAUUGAAGUGCUAGAGACGUCACUACAGACC